AGCCGCGGGGCGCCCCCCCGGCGCGGCGCGGCGGCCGAGGCGCCCGACCUCUUCCCCACGCCCGACCCGCACUACGUGCAGAAGUACUACUUCCCCGUGCGCGAGCUGGCGCGCGAGCUGGCCUUCGACAUGAAGGGCGACGGCGUCAUCGUGUUCCUGCACAUCCAGAAGACGGGCGGCACCACCUUCGGCCGCCACCUGGUGCAGAACGUGCGGCUCGAGGUGCCCUGCAGCUGCCCGCGGCCCGGCGCCGACAAGGACACCUGGCUCUUCUCGCGCUUCUCCACCGGCUGGAGCUGCGGGCUGCACGCCGACUGGACCGAGCUCACCAGCUGCGUGCCCGGCGUGCUGGACCGCCGCGACAGCCCCCCCGCCAGCGCCAGCGCCAGCGCCGCCAAGGCCCCCAGAAAAUUUUACUACAUCACACUGCUGAGAGACCCUGUGUCCCGUUACCUCAGCGAAUGGCGACACGUCCAGCGAGGAGCUACGUGGAAGACUUCCUUGCACAUGUGUGAUGGUCGGACACCGACCCCUGAAGAGCUGCCAUCAUGCUAUGAAGGCACGGACUGGUCAGGGUGUACGCUGCAGGAGUUCAUGGAUUGCCCGUAUAACUUGGCCAACAACCGCCAGGUGAGGAUGUUGGCUGACUUGAGCUUGGUGGGCUGCUACAACAUGUCUUUUAUCCCUGAGAACAAGCGAGCACAGAUCCUGUUAGAGAGUGCAAAGAAGAACCUUAAAGACAUGGCUUUUUUUGGCCUGACAGAGUUCCAGAGGAAGACUCAGUACCUGUUUGAGAGAACUUUUAAUCUGAAAUUCAUCAGGCCCUUCAUGCAGUACAACAGCACAAGGGCAGGUGGGGUGGAGGUGGACAACAACACCAUCCGGAGGAUUGAGGAGCUUAAUGACUUGGACAUGCAGCUCUAUGACUAUGCAAAGGACCUCUUCCAACAGCGCUAUCAGUAUAAACGGCAGCUGGAGAGGAUGGAGCAAAGGAUAAAGAAUCGGGAAGAGAGGCUUCUUCACCGAUCCAAUGAAGCACUUCCCAAGGAAGAGACAGAAGAGCAAGGACGCUUGCCCACUGAGGACUACAUGAGCCAUAUUAUAGAGAAGUGGUAGCAUAGGCAGACUUUUGUACUGAUGAGAUUCUAGGGUUUCCAUUACAAAAGAUCGUGGAAGUAAAAAUACAAAAACCAACACAAAAAAGUCUUUUAUUUAAGUGAGCCUGUAAAACAGAAGGUAGAAUGCUUCUUUGAACAAAGGGUCUUUUUACUGUUUCUUACAAGACCAUUGAGAUUCUUAAAAAAAUAAAUAAAUACAUAAAAAAUAAAAAGGUCAACAUUAUAACUCAGACUUAGAAAUGCGCACAUGCAGCUACCCGCUUUGGAGGCGAAAUACAAUGUAAUGUUUCUUAUCCUCCCAAAUUAAAAAAGAAUAGAUGACAGAUGUAGGAUUCCCCCACUUCCCCGUGUUUCCCCUCAGUACAAAGACAUCUGUGUAAUUUUAAAACAAAACAACAAAAUGAGGGUUUUUCUUUUGUGGUUUUUUUGGAGGGUGGAGGAGGGGAAAUUGUUUUGUUUUCUUCAAGUCAGAGUAAUGGUGAAGUUGAUUGUGUGCUAUGCGGUCGGGCUAUGAUUUCACCACAGGGGCAGCUGCUCGGAUUCAGAUGGCAGCCACUGCCAGGAAAAUGGAGCAUAAUGAAAACAAGGACAGCAGAGGAUGAGAAACAUUAAAACAAACUUUCUCUGGCCUAGGAUAUACACUUAGCACAGCGGUUUGGAUGCAUUGCACUGGUCUCACACUUCUCAACAUCACUUUACCAUAGUAACAACAUUUAGGGAAUUCAUUCACAAACAUCCUCCACGUUUGCUUCAAACAGUCUCCAAUGCAAGAAAAAAAUCUCACCACAUUCCUUGUAGAGAGAAACAUGCACCCAGAUACAACCUUCUCAUCCCCACACAUGUGCAGUACGUGCGUUUAAUCCAUGGACUUUGUCAAUACCACGUGAAAAUCCUUUUCUUCGAUGUGAAACAAGUCGAGCUAAGAAAGUAGGCAGCAUCACUCCCUCCCAUCCCCACAGCAGGAAGAAGUUCCCAUGAGUACUCAGCUGGAAGGUAGGGGAGGGUGCACCUCAGCACCUUAGAGACUAACUGGUUGGGAGAAGCAAGCUACUUUAUCAGAUGUUUGUAACAAGUAGGUUAAUGCCUACAAAUGCUCAUGCCGCUCUGAACUGGUUAGUCUAAUAUGCUGCCCUGCCUUCUGCCUGACUUCAGACUAACAGAGUUAACUAACCACUUCUGUGCACAAGCACUUGGUUGUCAGUGGCAAUAUGGCUGAGGGGUGCUUUUAACAUUGGUGUGAAAAACAAAUCUUAAUUACAGUGCACCCAUUUACUUACCUGUGGCCACAGUUUCAAAAUGUUAUUAAAAAAAACCCAUUGGUGAUAUCCUGCUUCCAGGGAGGUCAGUGGGCAAAGUUUUGCUGAUUUUGCUGGGGGCAGGACAGGGCUCUGUGCCAGGGCUCUGUGAUUUCUUGCCAUUGCUCCAAAUGAAUUGCUUAGCAGUGCACAUGGUCCUUUGGCAGGGUGCUUUCUCUCUAAACCUUAUGCUAAAUGAACAAGCUGCACUCCUCAAACUGGAAUGGGAGAUCAUCAAUAACAGUUUUCAGUCCCAGGCCCUGCUUCGGCCAGGGCCAUUCUUCUUCACGUGCUUUUUUAGGGUGUCACAAAAUGACAUUCUCCAGUGUGGGCUCAGCUGCACCAGCUUUUCGUGUAAACUUCAAUUCAGAGACGAGCCAGGGCCUUUUUAGUGCCCCAUCCCCAGCUCUUUCGGCUAUGAUCUGGUUUGUUGUUAUUCUAAGCACUUCUGGGUUUUGUCUGAAACAUGGAAAUGAAGCAAGUUUUGUCUGCUUCAUGCAUCACCCAUUAUUACUUUGCUCCAAGACCCAAACCAGCUCUUGUUUAGGGUGAAGUACAAAUCAAAUAGAAGACAGUUUGAUUUUCAAAGACUGCGUUAACUGCAGAUCAGAUAUGGCUCUGAAAUCACAGGUGGGAAGGCAGAGAGCUUGAUGUAUUCAGCUCCAGCCUGUCAUUUUUACAGAGUGGCUCUUUCUCCUCACAGGAGCGCACUGAAGUGUCACUCGUGUUGUAUUUUAAUUCUCUCUCUGCCUCUGUGCCCUGCUACCAGCGCUCCAGAAAUCAAAUUGAGUUUUGCAGAAGAGGGGGCUGCCUGAACUGCAGGGACUAUCUGGUUUCCUCUCAUAUACCCUGGUGCUUUGGUAGAUGUUUUUCUCCAAACACAAUGGAGAUGGUAGGAAGCAUGUGGACCAGAAACCUGGGCAGCACUUUGUAUUGACUUGCAGUCCAAGUUUUGUCUGAGCCAAAGCCUGCUGAAGUCACUGGGAGCCUUUCCACUGAGUUCAGUAGGUUUUGGAUCAGGCCCUUCCAGCUGAGAUCACCAGAGCUUCUGAGCAUGUGCUUAACUGUCAGUAGAGCAAAGAGUUCAGGCCUUUUCUGAACCAGGCUGUUAAUCGCUACCUGCCAGUGCUGUCCUCGUUAUGGGUCUAUUGGUGCUUCCAUUAAGACCUGGCUCCUGUUCCCCAAGGUGUGUAACUUGGCCAAGAACAUUUGCUACACGCUGAAAGCUGGGAAGCAAAAGGGAGUGCUCUUCAGUUGUUGCUUUGGGGCUGGGGGUGUUACAACCACACUUCAUCUCUGAAUUCCCAGACCUGGGAGUAAUAACGUUGCUCAUUCCCAGUGUGUUGCUGUAACUAAAGAAAACAUUUAUUUUUUUAAAAAUGCAGUUUUACAGGCUGUUUAUCCACAGACCCAAACACGAGAUAUAAAAAGCAUAUGCACAGUAUUAAACUUUACCCAAAGGCUUUUCACUGUGCAUUCAGUGUUAUGGAUCUAUAAUGCACAAAUGGUUACUACAGCUAAUCCGUAUUCAAAGCGCACAUCAGAACAGCUCCAGAAGCAAGCAUGCUGUGAAUGCUCAGGCGGUACCAUAUACACUAGUACUGAGUUUCAAAAGCAGUUCUGUACUGAGGGCCUAGUUCUGCUUUCAUUGACAAAAGGUUGACAAAUGAAUGGGGUCGUGCCACCAAGGCUGACAGCAGAACUUGGCCCAGGGCUCUCUUAAGUUCUUUAUUACAGGCCCUUAGUAACCAGCUGAGCUCUCGGAUCUGUCUACAGGUUCUCAAUCAGGGGGAGCCUCUGAUCCCAGGAGCACAUCAAUAGUAGACUCUUUCCAACCUUUUCUUUACAAUAACAAACUAUUGAAACUACAGAGUAUUGUUAAUGGUUUCACUUUAAACCCACAAAGAAGAUGAGAUUUCUAGUGGUCUUAGCUUGGCACUGGGAGCCAGAAAUGUCUGUGUUCAAGUCCUGGUUCUAACCAAUCCCCCAAUCUGCCUCAGCUUCUUCAUCUGUACAUUGGGGAUAACAAUAUGUGCUCUCUACAAAGAGGCAUAGUGUGGGAGAACCAAUUCCAAGCACUAAAAAAAUAAAUAUUAAGUCUGAAUAAAGGAAAUGAAGAGUUGUGACUUCACCCAGCCUGCUAUGCCAAGCUAUUGGCUAUAGACUAUACCCUAAUUUACUGCAGAUGCUGGGUGCCAGGGAGGGGGCUGCAGGACACAAUUAUUGCCCUGACGAUAAUUUUCUUGCUUUUAGUGGGUUUAAGGGAAUUUCUUUAACAUAAUGUGAAUGUAGUUUAUUGUGAUUUAUAUGUACUACGAUUUGGAGUGGUACACCUUUUUUUUAGGAGCAGAUUAUUUGAUGCUACAAUAACAUGAAAAAUGUAUGUGUAGUUUAAAAUGAAUAGACAACAGCGGCUUUAAGAAACUCCAGAGAAAUUAUUGGCCAGAUAUCUUGUUCUUGUUAAAUAUGUGCCCCCUCCCCCUUCUAAUACAUCUCCCCUGCCACUCUCUGAACUUCCUAUACAUUUCAAGCUUCCUACAUAUGAUGUUUAUUCAUCAGGCAUAGAAAUAUGUCAUCGCAGCAGUCGGGGUAGGUGAGCUACAGAGGUAGUGAAGACAAUUUCAAGAUUCCAACAAAGGCCUUAUCAAACUCGGUGGAAAGGCUACCGCUGAAUUCAAAGGUGGAUGAAUUAUGUCCCAAUGCAGUUCAGCAAUUGCCAUUGAUAUAUUUAUUGUCUUUCUACCACAAUUACAAGGAUCUUCUAGUUAGGGCUUCACUCCUGGGGGUGGAAGGGAGGAGUUAUGAAGUGUUUGUGGGGGGUUAUGAAAGCAAUUACAUUGGUGUGAGCAACUGCAUAAGGUAUCCACAUGGGGUGACACCCAGUGAAAAAACAGGGCCUGAUUCUUCACUGCCUUGCAUUUCAGGUUGUUUACAUUUGUACAUCUGUAAAUGCUCCCACCCAAGAGGUAUAAUUUCCCAUUUGAAGGGUGGAGUUACCCAAACCACCUUCCAGUAGCUAACGUCAAAGCCUGAUCGGCUGGCAGUUGUCUGAGCAGUUAUUUUCUUCAGCAUAAGCAACCAGAUACCACCUCUUACUGUCCCCAUUUCUUGAUAUGCAAAAUCAUGGAAAGGAUGCUAACUUCCCGCCUGGAAUAGGAAGUAGUGUUAUGGAGGUGAGUCUGACAACAGAAGAUAGUUGUGAGUUAAAUAUCACUAGGCCUGGUCUCCUGUCUGUCACAGGAUUCCUGUCCAAAGGCACCUUGGAGUCAAUUCAUGUCUUCACGUGAUUCAGAUGGGUGACCCUGCACAUUGCAGUCCCUUCGUGGCCUACACAACAGGAAUGGUGCAGGCAGCAAAGGCCUCCAACACAUGUUUCAAGUCUGUCUUGCAGGGAUGCCCUCCUGUGACACGCAGUUUGGUUGCCAGGUUGCUCCAGCUCUUCACCUUGCUGCUCUGCUGGGAUCACAGGGCAAGGCAAUAAGCAAGGUUGCCAGUGGUGACAUGGAUAUUACUCUAUUAGCAAAUGGACUGAGAUGCAGAUACCACUGAGAAGGGUGUGCCCUGGAUUUGUGACUUAGCAUUUAAAGCCUACCUCACCCCUUCACAAAGCUUUGAGGCAUCCAGCCUCCCUGGAAGUAUCUGAAGGUAGCAGAUAUCACUGCAGUGAUCUGCACGUGGGUUUGGGAAAUGGCAUCUUUUAAAGGAGGGUGCAACCCAUGGAAUCUGCUGGAUUCAAGUAACGGUACUGCUGGGCUAUCUUUGAUUCUUGCUUUUAACUUCACCGUACUAUGCAGAGGCAGGGCAGUGGCACAUUGCAGUAGCGGGAGCAGACGUGGGGUUCGCCAGCAGAACCAGGCCACUAAAGCACAGCUCACUCAAAUCAAUGACUGGCAGGCUUCACACAUGCAACCAGAGUUAUCUGUGGCUGCUUGCUGAAACCACCAAGGUGAAUGUGGUCCUGAUAAGCACUUGGAUGUCACAGGGGGCUUUACCCACCCAACAGGCAGUGGGUUUUAGAACAAUUUUUGGUCAUCCAUGCAUGAUUUGCAAACGAGCCUUGUUCUUCCCUCAAGCCCCUUGCACUCUCCUCCCUCCCUUCUUCCCCAGCAUCCCUUCUAUAGCCAGGAGGGAGAGUGCUGUGCUGUAAUUAAUAAUUUUAUAUUCAAAUGCUUUCCUGAACAUGAUUUUGUUUUGUACAUAUUGGAAUAUGAUUUAACUUAUUUUUGUUGCCCCUCUUAAUUUUUAAGUGCUUGGGGGUUUUUUUCUUUUUGAAACAAACUCUCUCUCGGUGUGAAGUCCCCCUAUGUGCAUAGCCUGCUAGGAACAGCAGCCGCAGGCUUUACCAGCAAUCUCAAGGGUAGCAGUCAGAUGUGAUGUUGUGUAGUCAUUUGCUCUUGUCUGGAGUUUUGCUCAUGUUCUCCUGUCUUUCUAUGCCACUGUAUAAGGAGCACAGGAGAGAUAAAGGCUAGAUGAAGGCAGGGCAUUCAUUUCCUCCCCUUUUCUUGUAGGCUUUACCUAUCAAGGAACUCAGUUCUUAUCCCUUUCAGGUUGUGACUGAGGGUAAAAUAGAGAAAAAGCAGUGUCCCACUCCUCCCCACCCCCUUUGCCAUUGUAGAUCACACAGAUUCAGCUUCUUUGAAAGUGAUUGUGUCUGAGAUCAUCCACGCAAAAUGUUUCCAUUGGGCUGAAUGUGUCUAGUUUGCACUUUUCAUUUCACAAACUAAAAAAAACCCUGUUUAACUUGAGCCAAGUAACACCUACAAGCUUUAUAUAUUUAUUUAUAGCAUCUUAUGAAAAGAAGUGUUAAGGAGGAGGUUUGCUUUUUUGGUUUUAUUUUUCCCACAGCAACAACAAGUAAUUAAAAAAAAUAAUCAUCUAAUUGUUUCUGUCUAGAUCAAGAAUGAAUGUUAGCAGAUGAAAUAAACCCUAAAGCUGA